AACCCAUUUUCACACAAAUGUUUGAAAGCUUCCUUCUCUUGCAUGCUCUCUGGUUUAUUGUGACAUUGUCACCGUGAUUGUUGUCUUUGCAACGGUUUACGUGGGUAGAUUGUUUGCUUUGCCGUUGGGAGCCUCAUCUCCCUGGCAGAAUGGACGAAACAGCAAGCGAGAAAAGAGAGCGCAGGCUCAGGAAAAAAGAGGAAAAGGAGAGAAAGAAGCGAGAGAAAAUAGGUUGGGAUAAGGAGCUCAUGGGCUACACAAAUCAAGACAAUCCGUUUGGAGACGGCAAUUUGCUGGAUCCUUUCGUGUGGCAUAAGAAACGUGAGCAAGAUGGAUACGGACAUUUGGAUGCUGAGCUGCAGUCUGAGAAAGAUAAACAUAGGAUUCUGGAGAACAGACGUGAGCUGGAGAAGGUCAAGCAGCGACGCCAAGAGAGAGAACUGGAGCAGGCCGCGAGAGAGGAAGAGAUGCAAAUGAUGCAGCGUGAGAGAGAGGCGGAAAUGUUCAAGGAAUGGGAGGCACAGGAGGACACGUUUCACUUGGAGCAGGCCAAGCUUCGCUCUAAGAUCAGGAUGAGAGACGGCCGCUCGAAGCCCAUUGAUUUGCUGGCCAAGUAUGCUGACAGCAUGUGGGAGAUGUCUGAAGAAGCUCUGGAUGAAGUGGAUGUGAAUGAACCCUACACUGUCCUGAAUGGCCUGGCUGAGCAGGAUUUGGAAGAUCUGCUGGAGGACAUCAAAGUCUAUGUGGAGCUGGAGGAGGGCAAGAACCUAGACUUCUGGAAAGAUAUCACAACCAUAGUGGAGGAGGAAAUUCGCAAACUUCAUGAUGCCGCGAAGGAGGAGAAUCAGCGACAGGUUGUCAAUCGUUCGGUCAAGGGUGAUGUGUCUGCUGUAUUCCAGGGCAAGAGCUAUAAACAACUGAAUCUGCUGAAGCAACAGAUUGCACGCAAGAUUGGUGCCAAGGAAGGUGACAUCAGCUACUGGGAGCACUUGCACAAUCAGCUGAAUGCCGUAAUGGCCAAGGCACGCUUGCGUGAAAACCAUCAGAAAGUGCUGCAGAUGCGUCUGGAGCAGCUGCGCUCGCGUCAGUUGGAGGAGCUGUAUGUUGCCCCUAGUGACAUGGGCGCCGGUGAAGGAGAGGAUGAUGAUGGUGAAAAGAAAGAUGGCAGCACUGCGGCUGGUCGUCGACCUGCCACCGGAGAUCAAGCUGCUGAUGAUGACGAAGGUCUGGACUAUGACGCGGUAAUGUACAGUCCUAAAUUCGUGCCCGCGUCUGAAGCUGAAGCUAGCUUGAGCAUUGUUGAUGAGAUGGCAGACCAGCAGAUGAUUGCUGAAGCGCGCCAUGAGGUGGCUGCCAAUGCCAACAGCAGCAAGCAAGAAGAAGAGCACAUGCGCCACACCGCCAGCAGGGACAUGGAGCCAGGUGAAGCAACGUUCAACGUGCAGGUGCCUGUGGAGAAUACCAGCUUCCUAUGGCAGAGCAAGUAUAGGCCGAGAAAGCCGCGCUUCUUCAACCGUGUUCAUUGUGGAUUUGAGUGGAACAAGUACAAUCAGACCCAUUACGGACACGACAAUCCGCCGCCCAAGGUUGUGCACGGAUACAAGUUCAAUAUAUUUUAUCCGGAUCUGAUCGACAAGCGGAAGGCACCAGAGUACAAGGUUUUGCAGUCAGAGGAAGGCAAGGACUUCUGCGUCAUUCGCUUCCAUGCUGGACCUCCGUAUGAGGACAUAGCGUUCAAGAUUGUCAACCGUGAGUGGGAAUUCUCGCGGAAGCAUGGCUUCCGCUGCCAGUUCCGCAACGGUGUCUUUCAGCUUCAUUUUAGAUACCGCCGUCAGUUCUAUCGUCGUUGAGUUGCCGAUGAAACCAGCUGCUCUUUCUGCACCUAGCAUGUACUUGCAGCUGCUCUUUCUGCACCUAGCAUGUACUUGUAGCUGCAGCAUAAAAUCCAACUGCAAUAGCUAUGCAUAAAAUGACGCUUUUCUCGUCCUCCUUUCCCCUGUCCCCACUUCACUUCUUCUUCUUCUCCAUCCCCGUUUCAGUCAAUCUCAGCAGCUCCGUGCGAAUGCUGUGUGCAUGUGUGCAUGUAGAUAGUCACCAACGAAUGAAAUAACUAUUGAGAGCACCUUUUCCCAGGUUAUCAUGCCCAUUCCGAUCCUGUAUAUCUCCCUUGCUUUUACCUGCUUACACUCUCUUGUCAUUUUCUACCUCACAUAUCGUCACCGGUCACAAAGUCGUUGGCAUGAAACAUUUUCCUGGCUUUUUCUCAAUGUGUAUGAUGCAGUGUUGCUGGAUGACGGUAUGCAUACCAUGAGAACAUGUUAGUACUAUACUAGCAGAACAUGCA